AUGUCAAUCCCCCUCCCCUCAAAGAUGCACAGCAUCAUCCAACAAACCGCCUCCUCCAAAACCCUCACCUUAACAACCACACCCCUCCCAACUCCAAACCACGCAAAGGGAGAGCACCUAAUCCAAACCAAAGCCUGCUGCCCCUGCGCCGGCGAGCUCCUCUGGCCAAAGAACUUCCCCCCACCAACACCGCGCACUCUAAUCCCAUGCCCAGACAUUGCCGGAAUCGUUCUUUCGGCACCAGAAGACUCGCCCUUCCAACCAGGCGCUGAAGUAUACGCGCGCACAAACUAUAUCCGACCCGGGAAUGCGAGCGAGUAUUCCAUCGCCGUUACGGACGAGCUGGCGCACAAGCCUAAGGAUCUAAGCUGGGUGCAGGCUGCUGCGAUUCCUCUCUCCGCGCAGACGGCUUGGCAGGUUCUUCUUGUUCAUGCUCUUGGGGGAGAUAUGGAUUUGGAUGAUGCUCAGCUUGCUUGGGCUGGAAAGAGAGUCCUUGUUACUGCUGCUUCGGGUGGUGUGGGUAUUUGGCUUGUGCAGUUGGCGACUCUGCUUGGUGCCGAGGUGGUUGGGACGUGUGGUUCUCGGAAUGUGGAGCUUGUGAGAUCGCUUGGUGCGAAGGAGGUGAUUGAUUAUCGGGUUGUGGAUUUGAAGGAGUGGGCUAUGCAGUCGCCAUCCAAUAAGGUGGAUGUUGUUGUUGAUUGUGUUGGGGGGAAGUCUCUUGGGGAUGCGUGGUGGACUGUUAAGGAUGGUGGUGUUGUGCUGAGUAUCUAUCAGCCGCCUUUGCAGGUCUGUCCGGAUGGUUUUGAGGGUGAAGGUGUGAAGGAUCUGUUCUUUGUUAUGGAGCCUGUAAGGCGACAGCUAGAGGAGAUUACGAAGUUGGUUGAGAAGGGGUUGUGUCGGGGACUGGUGGAUAGUGUCUGGCCUAUUGAGCAGUAUGAAGAGGCAUUCAAGAGACUGGAUGGAGGGCAUGCGAAGGGCAAGAUUGUCUUUGAUCUAUCGCUGAAUCACUAG